AUGGCCAUGUUGAGCACUUGCCUCUUCUUCUUACUUGCUAUCUUGGCCAUGACCCAUAUCUCAUCAGUAUCAUUGAAAGUGGGCCACUACCAAUAUACAUGCCCGUCAGCGGAGGCGAUUGUCCGACAGAUAGUAAGCAAAGCCGUUACUCGGAAGCUGGGACUUGGCGCCGGCCUAAUUAGGAUGCAUUUCCAUGAUUGCUUUGUUAGGGGCUGUGAUGGUUCAGUCCUACUCGAUUCGACACCUGGAAACCCUUCUGAGAAACAGCAUCCGGCCAACAAUCCAAGCCUACGUGGAUUUGAAGUGAUCCACGAAGCAAAGGCUAGAAUUGAAGCUCAAUGCCCACAUACUUAA